AACGCAAUUAAUGCUGUGUUGUCCUACUCUGCAGAUGUCAAUGAGUGCAACGUAAAAAGUGGCGGAUGUUCUCACAAGUGUACUAACACCAAAGGUAGCUUUAUCUGUUCCUGCCCCGACCCCGAGUUGACGCUGGCGCCAGAUGGUCGCAAUUGUGUUGGUAAGCAGCCAAAUGACAUCAUUUUGAGCUUAAAAUUACCACAAUUGACGCAAGAUGGAAUUCACUUUUAAUAGAAAAUGCAUUCUUCUCCUCUAUGACGGUUUCUAUAAUUAACUAAAUUAUUGUUCGUUUCUCUCAGCUUCCGGUGUUUCCGUUAAGUGCGGCCAAAAUGACAUGUCAAUCACAUUACCAAAGAACCUCCUCCUCGGUUUGAACCGUGAACAUGUCACUCUCCAAGACGUCAAAUGCGUUGCCAAGGAAACCAAAACCCACUUCACCCUUAAUACUGCAUUAACCGGUUGUGGAACAACCGCAAGAUUCGGUAAGGGUGCCGUGGUCUACAGCAACACUGUCUUAGAGAUUCCCGUAAAAAAUGACGCCAUUAUAACGAGAGUUCGCGAGAUUGAGAUUCCUUUCAGCUGCUACUAUAAAAAUACUGAAGCUGCAACCGCCGUUGGAGUCCAAGCUGAUACCAAGAAACUGGUGUUUGACGAAGAUGGAAAAGGAAAAUUUACGGUUGCCCUGGAUCUGUUUUCAGACCAACAGUAAGUCAGUGCCGUGGUAUUUUUACUCUAUAAUGGAAAAGUGAAUUUUCGUCAAUUUAAACCGGAUCUAAUGAGUAUAUCAAUGGAUUUCUUUUCCUCCUGAUAAUCCACCGAUAAUUAAGAAAAUUCAUUUCCAACUGUAUGGAUUCAUGGCAACCAGUAUAAUUAUUUUCAUGAGAUCAUACAUCACUGACUGGUCGGUGUUUUCGUCGAUUGUUUUCAUAGUCAACAUAGCCAAGUAAAUUUUAAUUCAGAGGAGUUAUUUCAAAGAUGACCUGCUGAUAUUUUUGUUACUGCACGGCCCUUACUACAUGAAAUUGAACUACGAACAUCAUAGAGUAUCAAUCCUUUUUUACAUCAUUUUAUUAUUUUUGGAGAGAAGUUAAAAACGUAGUCUAGGCUAUUACCAAUAUUCAUUUUUCGCCUAUGACAUUACCAGACCAACCGACUGACUCGUGAUGACAGGGCAAGCUGGUGUUAUCAACUGAGUUAAUAACGUAAAUUGGCCACCGUUAGACGUUUAAAGCGUUAGACCGCUGUCAUUCCCUCUGACGAAGAGCUAACCCUCAAAGCGGUGGCCAAUUUACGUUAUUAACUAAUUUGAUAAUGCUAAAAUUACCCUGUUACACUCUCCCACCGACGCAGAACCACAGUUGACUCCUGACAAGUGUGAUACUUACACAUUCAUCAUAUUUAGCAUCAAACAUGUGAUUCUCUUUUUUAUCCACUAGGUUUAAGUCACGCUAUACUGAAAAAGACUACCCAGUGCAAGUCAAACUAAGGCAAGAUCUGUACUUCGAGGCAUCUGUGAAAUCCAAGGACAAGACUUUGUCAGUGUUGGGCGAAAACUGUGUCGCCACUCCCACGCAAGAUAGUAAACACGGUACAUCAUAUCCUCUCAUUACCAACGGGUUAGUUAUGCUUUUAUUACACUUGAGUGAAAAUCUUGAAUUUCUCACCGCAACUGGGUUUUCAGAGAUGGAAGAAACCUUGGGUUUUAUAAGGAGAAUAGGAAAUAAUGUAAAGGAAAAAAUAGCUGCACUUUUCUACAGUACCGGGUGCUUUGGCUUAUUCACUUAUUCUGAUACACAAGUUCUUGUAUUCUUUAAUUUAAGCACUGAUGCAUAUUCCUAAGCAGUGAUAAACGUUUCUUUUGAUAUCCUCAGGUGCCCUGUGGAUGAAACUACCAGUAUCAUGAAGUCAUCUUCUGUAGGCACCUUCCGAUUCACCACAGAAAGCUUUAAAUUCAUUGCCAAACACCCAUUCCUUUUUGUCCAUUGCCAAAUAAGGGUUUGUGACUCAAAAGAUCCAAAGUCGAGAUGCGCUCAAGGAUGCCUUCGAGGAGAUAGGAGAAGGCGUGACGUCACCACUGAUGACAAAAUAUACUCGCUGGCCCAGGGACCACUAACAUUUUAUGCUGAUGAAGAAGACGCUGGAUCAACUCUUAGUGGUAAAGAAUAAUACCGGAUUAACUAGCUACAAUGUUUUUACCGGGAAAAAGUUCUUGAAGCAGUUUCCCUCGCACUUGGCUCCCUCACUGACAGCCGUUUCAUGCAAUCGACUGAGUCAUUCAUUGUCCUUCCUACCCACGUACACAUGGAGUUUAACCGAUAUUACCAAAAAUAUGUAUAUAUAUCAAAAAAAGAUCCCAUUAUGCUUUGAUGAAUUCUGACGCUGACAAAUAAGAGAGCAGUGACACACAAACAUAAAAUAAUCUAUCCUAAAGCUUUGGCAAUCUAGGAACCUUUAUUGAAACACCCUAUCAAAGGAUGUAACGACAUUUAUGUUGUUUGCUGUUGUCAAAAAGAAAGAUCUAUAGAUCACAACGUAACUUGUUGAAUGUCUGCUUGUAGGUGUAACCGUCCCAGCAGUGGUUUCCAUGUCAACAAUUUCUGUGUUCUGCCUUGUGGGAAUCAUUUGGAUGUCACGCAAGAAGUCCAGUCAAGCCACGGGUUACUUUCCUCUUAGUGUGUCGCCAGAAGAUUAG